CAACAAUGCAUUGCCAGCCAGUUUAAUCUCCUCACGGCACGCUUUUAGUAGCUUUCCGUUAAAAUGGAUUGGAUAAAGACGGAUAACAUUUUCCUGGCUUUGGCGUUGCUUUGUGUAGCCGCAUGCCAAGUGCCGGUUGUGGAUCAAACGUACCACCUGGCGCUCAUGCACUCACGUGACGUAACGGAUGAGGUACAGUUUGUGCUGUCAUCGUCGACUGACAGUUUAAAAUCCGAAACAUCAACGCCAUGCAAUAAACUUCCAAACAACUCUGUUACAGAAUUAAAGAACUUGAAAUAUUUGGUUAAUAUGACAGAUUGUCCGAGCUUGAAUCCCGAGAGCAAGGGUGUAAGCAGAAGUGGAAUUAAAUUCGUUGUCCGCAGCGAUGCGUCAUUACAAGUUGUCCAGAAGGCAGCCAGAGGUGGGCGAGACAGUUUCGUUGCCAUUCCUGACUCACAGCUCGGCACGGAAUAUUACAUCGGCACAUAUUACUUACAAGGUGGGGUGUGCCAGCUUGCCGUCACACCUACCCAGAGUGAUACCCUCGUUACAAUAUUCCUCCCGGACGGCUUAGAUGAAUCGUUUACCUGCCAGAUAGGCUCUCCAGUUUAUGAUUAUGUUCACGGAAAGGGUUUCCGUUUUGUACUACAUGAGUUUGAGGUGUUCCAUUACCAGGGCAACCGUGACCUCAGUGGUACAUUCAUUGUGUCAAACAAUACUGUUUCCGUUAUUGUCGGGUCGAAAUAUUAUUCAUCAGAAAACACAGGUCUGCUCGUGCAACAGAUCCCUCCUACCAUAUCAUGGGGUAGCGAGUUUGUCAUUUUACCAAACCCUGACAACGACCAGGGAGAUAUAGUGAAGAUUGUACCGAAAUAUGACAGCACCCGGGUAUACAUCACAGGGCACUCGCCCUUUAUCAUUCCCAAGGCUGGUCUUGGAGUGGAGCGCCGGAUUGAUCGCGGGAUGAACAGCGUUAUUCGAAGCAGCCUACCCAUACUCGUGCUUCAGGUCAUGUUUGUUGGACUUUAUAACUUACCACGUGAUGUCCCUCGCUAUCCCAUGAUGCUUUUAGUUUCACCGUUGACUGAAAAUUUAACAUUAUCUGUGCCUGAUGACUUUUUCGGACAAAAUAUAGGUUUCGCAAUCAUUGCAUCUCGUUCGAAUUUUUCAUUGGAUAGUGAAAUUAAAAAGGAAAACAUUUUUGUAACAAAAGUUGGAACACAGGAUUUUAAACUAGAUAGUAAUUUGAAGGAAAAAACAGACGCCGUGUUUGCCUAUAUAUAUAACGAGGAUACCGCUGUUGCACCUUUUGGGGUAACGUGGACACAAACAGAACAGAUUUCCUGUCACAUCUGGCCGCCUGUUCCUGGCGACCUUGUGGACAAUGACUGUGACUGCGAGAUUGAUGAGGACGUGUGUUCCGAGGAGGACAUGGUGCAAGAAUUUUUCAUCGAGAGUUCCGAUACGGAGUUGAAAAUAGUUAAAAUUGAAGGAUGGGCAACGAUUCCCUUUACCGUUAUCCGUAAACCAGAAAGCGUUGUGUUUCUUGCAGUUGUUUCGGAACAGAACGGCAUGCAGCCGUUUAUCACCACAUUGAUUCCGAAUGAACGGACUGGUUCUUUCUGGCCUAUUAAUAUAACGACAGAGGCAAUGAAUCUCACACUCAACAUUAUUCGAGGCAAUGAUAAUACUCCGCCUUUGACAUACGCAGAUAAAACAACCACCCUUCAACAUGAUGCAACAGCUAAGUAUCUAGUGGCCUCCACUCUUAUAGGCAGUGCAAACUACAGUUUUAGUGUUACAGAUAAAGACUGCAAAGGAACAAUUUCAGGAGUACCGGACAGUUUUGGGACCAAUUUCUUAGCGCCAUGUUUCAGUGGAAACUGUUCCAUAUUUGUUACUGCAAUGACUCAUGCGUCAGUGGAGUUAUGGGAUAAAGACAAGAACAAAACUUUUGAAGUCGGCGGUGGAAACACAUUACACAUAGAAUGGCAAGCUACACAUUGGGUGCAUGUAACCUCUGAUGAAGAAGUUUCUGUCAGCAUACACGAGGAAUCGGGGUACGGGACCAGACUGAUCCCAACUGAUGUCCAAGGACCUAACUACGGUACACGCCCGGAACAGAAUUGCUCAAUCAAUCUCAAUACGGAGGAGUGGACACCAACACAAUGUUUUAACAUCCUUGAGGCUUAUCCGGCAUUUGCGUACGUCUGUGGUCCUGGUAAUAAUAUCUGCAGGCAUGUGCAAAUACCUCCCCGUGAAACGCUAGGAAAGGUCCAUUAUAUCCCGCAGCUUGCUCUGCUCGGCGAUACAGUAACAGACGCUGGCAUCAUGAUUCUGGCCACCGAGGACAGCACGGUUGUGACGAUCUGGGAAAACUAUACCAGUACAAUAUAUGCUAAUCUUCAGUUAUCUGCUGAUGUACAUAGUCAACAAAUUAAACUCAACACGACCUACAAAAUUGAAGCUACGAAAAGCGUACACGUGAUAUUGCUUUUGAACAUUCAAACCAGUGUGCGACAGUUGGUAAAUGUACCGAGUAUUGACCAGUACAGACCCAUGCAGGAAUUGACAUUUACUGACAGCCAAACACAUCCAAAUAAUUGGACUGGAAUAAGUAAAAAUGGCAUCAUAUACGACAUGCCACCGGCACUGGUUCCCGUGUUUGGCCUUUGGAUGGUGAAAAACAAAUACAUACUAGCAGGAGAGCAGAACUUUACCAGCAUUAAUACGAUAUGCAAAGUGAGCCGGCAGAUUCCGGGGGACGGGGAAGAUAACGACUGUGACGGACUGGUAGACGAGGAAACACGCUCCAUUACCUUGGCACUCGAUCUUGACAUCGACGGUGCCAUUCAGGAAGAUUGCCAUGGAAACGUUUCAGAUGCAAAUACCACCACAAAGACAUUAACCUGCACAGAUACAACUUUUAACAGUGCCAAUGUAACGGUCAACUCUAGCGACAUUUUGGUAAAGAACGUCACAGCCGUGGAACCCGAUGUUCCACCGCCUAGCAGCCACCCUAACCAACCGAAUAUCACCAUUUACCAAAGUGUGCUGACAAUACGGAACAGGGGCACUGUGAACGAGACGUGUUUGAUAAGCUGCAUGUGUCCGUGCAGUUGGCUGGAGCCCCCAAAAGACAACCCCGCGCAGAUAGCUGCCAAGGUGAAGGCCCUCCAGGACAAACUCCGCGUCGACAAGAAGGGCCUCAGUGCCACGUUACGUAAACUGCAUAGUGCGCCGGACGGAAGGAGGUCCGCCACCGCCAUUGGUGCAGUCGGCAUCGGCUUCAUCGUCGCAGCCAUUGGUUGUCUUUUCCUGCUUGACCUACCCAAUAUUUUCCGCGACCUGCGGAGGCUGAGGGAAAACGUAGCCCACCUGUUUCCAUUCUAGAUGCUGUAACUAGAAGAGGACAAGCGUAAUUAAACAUUGCGUUAAUACAGCUGCACUUGUGAUUUAUAUAUAGAUUGAAAUGUAUUUCAUAUACGAUAUUCACCACCUCCCGAAGCUGAAAAAAUACCAGAGGAUUUUGUUGUAACUUCUUUUUAAAGUUUGAAAAUUAUCAGAUCAUCAAUACACACGUUCAUUGACAGUUGGUUACUUGUUAAGACAUAAGAAAGAUGGACAUAUGCAUUAUCGACCUUCUAAUGCAAUAAAAUAAAGGAUGGAUAAAUGUAUGAGCUAGCAUAACGUGUUUUCAUUGUCGUGUAUGUGUAUUUUGUUAUAUUUAUUUUGUAGACGUUCAUAGAUAUUUCAUGUUCAUACAUCGAAGUGUUCGUAUAACAUCAUCAACACACACGUGCAUAACGAAAUAAUGUCGGAGAUAAAGUUCAAGUAGUCGCUGAUGAAGUACAAGUAGUCGGAGAUGAAGUACAAGUAGUCAAAGAUGAAUAACAAGUUGUCAUAGAUUAAGUACAAGAUUUCGGAGAUGAAGUACAAGUAGUCGCAGAUAAAAUACAAAUAGUCAUGGAUGAAGUACAAGUAGUCGGAGAUAAAGUACAAGUAGUCAGAGAUGAAGUACAAGUAGUGGCAAAUGAAGUACAAGUAGUCAAAGAUGGAGUACGAGUAGUCGGAGAUAAAGUACAGGUAGUCAAAUAUAAAGUACGAGUAGUCGGAGAUGAAGUACCAGUAGUCAGAGAUGAAGUACAAGUAGUCGCAGAUGAAGUACAAGUAGUCAAAGAUGAAAUACAUGUAUUCAAUGAUUAGGUACAAGUAGUCGCAGAUGAAGUACAAGUAGUCAAAGAUGAAGUACAAGUAGUCGCCGAUGAAGUACAAGCAGUCGCAGAUGAAGUACAAGUAGUCGCAGAUGAAGUACAAGUAGUCGCAGAUGAAGAACAAGUAGUCAGAUGAAGUACAAGUAGUGUCAGAUGAAGUACAAGUAGUCGCAGAUGAAGUUCAAGUAGUCACAGAUUAAGUACAAGUAGUAGGAGAUGAAGUGCAUGCACUUAAGAGAUUAAGUACAAGUAGUGUCAGAUGAAGAACAAGUAGUCGGAGAUGAAGAACAAGUAGUCAUAGAUUAGGUUCAAGUAGUUGCAGAUGAAGUACAAGUAGUCGCAGAUGAAGUACAAGUAGUCGCAGAUGAAGUACAAGUAGUCGUAAAUGAAGUACAAGUAGUCAAAGAUGAAGUACAUGUAUUCAUAGAUUAGGUACAAGUAGUCGCAAAUGAAGUACAAGUAGUCAAAGAUGAAGUACAUGUAGUCAUAGAUUAGGUACAAGUAGUCAAAGAUGAAGUACAAGUAGUUGCCGGUGAAAUACAAGUAGUCGCAGAUGAAGUACAACUAGUCAAAGAUGAAGUACAUGUUGUCAUAGAUUAGGUACAAGUGAUCGCAGAUGAAGUACAAGUAGUCAAAGAUGAAGUACAUGUAGUCAUAAAUUAGGUACAAGUAGUCGCAGGUGAAGUAAAAGUAGUCAAAGAUGAAAUACAAGUAGUCACAGAUGAAGUACAAGUAUUCUCAGAUGAAGUACAUGUAGUCAUAUAUUAGGUACAAGUAGUCGCAAAUGAAGUACAAUAAAUCAAAGAUGAAGUAAAUGUAGUCAUAGAUUAGGUACAAGAAGUCGCAGAUGAAGUACAAUUAGUCAAAUAUGAAGUACAUGUAGUCAUAGAUUAGGUACAAGUAGUCGCUGAUAAGUACAAGUAGUCAAAGAUGAAGAACAAGUGAUCGCAGAUGAAGUACAAGUAUUCUCAGAUGAAGAACAAGCAGUCAUAGAUGAAGUGCGAGGAGCCAAAGAUGAAGUACAAGAAGUCGGAGGUGAAGUACAAGUAGUCAAAGAUAAAGUUCAAGUAGUCGGAGGUGAAGUACAAGUAGUCAAAGAUGAAGUAAAAGUAGUCGGAGAUGAAGCAAAAGUAGUCCGAGAUGAAGAACAAGUAGUCGCAGAUGAAGAACAAGUAGUUUGAUAUGAAGUUCAAGUCGUCAAAAAUGAAGUACAAGUAAUCGCAAAUGAAGUACAAGUAGUGGCAGAUGAAGAACAAGUAUUGAUACAUGAGGGUCGUCGGUUUUGUUUUUUAUAUCAUUUAAUAUUUACAAACAAUAUACAAUACAGCACAUUGCAAACAUAUUUAGAAAUAUCAUCGAGACAUUUAUAUAGAGUACAUGUUCUUUGUAUUAUAUAAUACUUAUCUUUUUAGUAUUGGUAUA